CCCCUGCAGAGUCCGGCAGCCGCCCUUGGCCCAGAGCCUGCGAGCGCCCCAGUCCCGGACAACGUCCCCGCGGGCACGAGCGCCUCCCCAGGUCCCCCGGAAAGGCCCCCGGGACGGUGCGCGCCGCCGGGGCUGGAGGAGGCGCUGGGCGCGCUGGGGCUGCAGGGAGAACGCGAGUACGCGAGGGACAUCUUCGCCGAGGUCAUGGUGUGCCCUGCGCUGCCCCAGAUGGCCCUGCCCAGCACCGUGACCCCAGAGAUGCGAGCACUAGUGGUGGACUGGCUGGUCCAGGUGCACGUACUACCUGGGCUGGCGGGGGACACGCUCUACCUGGCUGUGCACCUGCUCGAUUCCUACCUGCGCUGCAGCCGGGUGCGCCUACACCGCCUGCAGCUGCUGGGCAUGGCCUGCCUGUUCGUGGCGUGCAAAAUGGAAGAGUGCGUGCUUCCCGAGCCCGCCUCCCUCUGCCUCCUGGGCGCUGGCUCCUUCUCCCAGGCCGAGCUUCUGCGAGCCGAGCGCCGCAUCCUGAGCCGCUUGGAUUUCCGACUGCACCACCCGGGUCCACUCCUCUGCCUGGAGCUACUGGCUGCUCUGGCAGGAAGCAACCCCCAGGUGAUGCUCCUCGCAGCCUACUUCCUGGAACUGUCUCUACUGGAGGUCGAGACCGCUGGGUGGGAGCCCAGUCGCUGCGCAGCGGCGGCGCUGAGCCUGGCGCGCCGUGUGCUCCACGUGGCGGGCUCUGGGUUGGAGCCGGCACUUUACAGCCCGGCGGAGUUGGGCCCGCUGGAGCCGUGCAUGGCCCGCGCGGUGCUCCGAGGCCCCGCACCUGGCCGUGCUGCCAUCUUCCUCAAGUAUGCGAGGCCCCAGCGUCGGGGCACCAGCCUCUUCGCCGCCCGCCUGCUCCGCUGUCCCCAGCCGGGGCCCCCCUGAGCCCCGACACCCCUUCAAAAAAGUCUCAGUGUGUGUCCGUUUCCGACUUCAAUAAAAGAGUUUCUUUUA